AGACGAACAAGCGAGCAGGGAUAGAGGUCCGCGCCCGGGGGGAUCCGUCAGCUGUGCGGUCCAGUCGAGAAUACGCGAUGGAUGUUUGACAGCGAUCCCGGAGUUUGUUGCCCUGACGGUUAUGGUCUUUGAAGACCUCACAGGGACGGGGAGCCGUUGAUGGUCUCGCCUCAAAAGCAAGCACGCAAGGUGAACCAGAACUAAGCUGCAAGAGGAAAAGGAUGCUGAUCGGUCGCUAGGAAAAGUUCUGACACCACACCAUGCCCUGAUGGCCCUGGUCGAUAUGGCUCUCUGGGGCUUAGCUGGAUGGAUCCUCAGGGGGGAGAGUGCGAUCCGAACAAGACCCAACCUAACUGAAGAAGGCGAUGGGCGAGGAACGGGACUGCAGCCGGGCACGAGGACGGCUGGACGGGGACGGGAUGGUCGCGACACUGGAUGGACUCUCCGGCUGACAGGGCGACGACAGGGUUGGAGACAGGAAGACAGGGCAACGGACAGCGCUUGUAACAGGGCGAGAGUGUCUUGUGGAUCCUCCCGGCGGUUAUAUUGGAAAUAUGAAGUAUUCCCUCUCUGGGUUGUACUGCCCAAGAACUGGAAGUAAAUAAAACAAAUGGUGAUGAUUGUUGUUUGGGUUGCCUCUG